CAAAGUCAAUGAUAACAAAUGCCUAUCAUGUUUAUUGUGGGUGAUUGCGUAAAUGUGUUCAUUCGUUUAAAUAAUAAAGAUUAUAUUUUAAAAUAAAAGUUCACCGCAUGAAUCAAAUUUCAAUUAUCAUUUCAUUGUAGACGAAACUAAUAACGGAAAUUUAAAGCUAAUCAGUAAGGUGGCUCCUAGAAAUACAUCAAAGUCAGAUUAUUAUCAGACACUAUCUACAAGAUCAGCAAUAGUAAUUACACUGACAAAUGAAAAGAAACACAAUAAUUUAUUAUAAGAAUCCCUGUAAAAUACAUUACUCAUUUUAAUUAAUUAAAUCACAUUUAGUCAAUAAUAAUUAUAUAACAUGUUCCCAUGUUUGGGAUUUUACUUUGAUUAACUAUGACAAUACAAACUCAUUUAGAUAUAAAUUCUAAAAUGCAUAGAAGAAAGCAAAUUACACCUAAACGAACUGAACAUACUGAUCAUACUGAACAAUAUCAAACAUUGGAAACUUGUGAAUUUUCAAAUUAUUUAACUCCUGACAUAUCUACUAGAAGCAUAGCUAACCCACCAUUAAUAUUGAUAACACCAACUUCAAGGAUGAUCAAUACUUCAGAUUGUUCACCUACUCCAUAUUCGACAUUGUCGUCUUUAUCAUCCUCUUCAACAUCGUCAUCAUCAUGUGAACCUGAUUCAAAAAAACCAAAAAGUUCCAUGGAGCAUAAAUCACCAUCCAAAAGUGGAAGAAUACUGUCUAAACAGUUGAGCAAAAUGGAGUUAUACCCUGAUACGUCAACAGCAACCUUAGAAGUGAAUCAACAUGUAAAACAAUGCCAAGAAAAUAUCUCAUCAACUAAUUAUUCCAUUCAACCAAAAUUGGAUAAACGUGAACAUAAUGAUUCAGUGGAGCAACAACAUUCAACCAUGGAAAUUGAUUCAUCUACACGUAAUACACCAAUAUGUAGUCAAUGUGGUAAACAAUUUGCUAAUAUUUAUCGUUUACACAGACAUUUACUUAGUCACACUGAAAGUUAUGAAUUACGCAAAUUCCGUUGUUCUCAGUGUACAAAAGCAUUUAAAUUUAAGCAUCAUUUAAAAGAACAUGAAAGAAUUCAUAGUGGUGAAAAACCAUUUAUGUGUUCACAAUGCGGUAAACGUUUUAGCCAUUCUGGUUCAUAUUCAAGUCAUAUGUCAAGCAAAAAAUGUAAUACCAAUGGUAACAGUAAUAAUGAAGCUAGAACAACAAUUACACAUACUCCUAAUGUCAGUAUUCAUCAUAACAAAAAUAUUAACGAUGUUGGUCAAAUGUUUGCAACUAAUGAUACUCUUACGAAUCAAAUAUCUUUUAAUAAAAUAAACCAACUCACGUCAUCUUUUGAAUUACACAAAAACAAGGUAAAUGUAUUAAAUAAAGAACACGAUAUUAGAAAUAGUAUUCAUAUCAGUGAAGACACUGAACUUAGCUCUGUUUCAAGUAUAUUAGAAUCUGUCAAUCAAGUUAAUAAUUCGGAUUAUUUUUUAAAAUUUAAUCAUUUAAAACUAGAUAACUAUUUGCCAGCUAAUUCAUCGAACCAGUUUAAUUCACAGUUAAAGAAUGAUGAAAUUAGUGAGCAUGUUCACAGUACUACUACUACUACUAGUAGUAUUAUUACCACUUUAAAUACCAUUGCUAAUAAUAGUAAUUUACAUCAUGCAGAUGAACAACCUGACGAGUUAUUAUGUAGUCAGUACGAUUUAAAAAAUUCGUUCAAAUCAGAGUUAGCAAUACAAAAUUUAGCAAUUAUGCUUGGAAUAAAACCAGAAAAUGCGGAACAAUUAUUCCAACAUCUGUAUACAACUGAACAACAUCAAUGUAUGGAACAGAAAAAACAAUUUAUCAAUGCCUACAAUACACAGUAUUCGCACUAUUAUCCACUACAACAUGCAAAUAUAGUUACAUCUUCACCAGUGAUCUCAGUAGUCAAUAAUCAUGAAUUACUUAAUCGUCAACCGAAGUCGUUCAAUAAUGACAGUUUUACCAAGUAUGAAAGUUAUAAAGUCGAUAAUUAUGCUUCGAACUCAUUAUCAUCCUCUGCCUUUUUCUCUACUUUACCUUCUUUCUCACCAUUAUCAUCAUCACCUUCAAUAUCCUAUCUCGGUGUUUCUUCAUCUUCUUCAUUAUCGUCUAUAUCAGCAACAAAUGUGACGAAUUUACCAUCGACAGUGUGCUCAUCUAAUUAUUCACAACAGGAUCCAUCGAUGAUAUUCUGUCAACUAUCUCCAGAUAUCAUGAAACAUAUAAUUUCGAAUUUACACAGAAAUAAUGUAUUAAAUUACUCAACUCCAUUAUCAUCUUUUACUUAUAAACAACAGGAUUUUAAUUCACGCAUAAUGGAAACACGGCAAUCCCCACUGUUACCACCACCACAACAAUCAUCACCGUUGGAAAUGAUGAUGACAGCGGCGACGAUGAGAACUGCACAACCAAUUACAUUUGUACAACAGGAGAAAGAAACGAUUUCGGAAUGCCGAAGUGAGGAGCUUCAUGAAGAUCAGGAAAAGGCUUUAGAUUUGUCAUUGCCUCGAAUAAAACCUGAUGAUAUACCAUUAAGUACAGACAAUCAACAGUUUAACUAUUUAAAUUCUUAUCAACCGGACAUUCAUAAUUCACCUAACCUAAUCUGGUCAGCAGCAUCAACAAUGACAUUUAUGGAAGCGGCUACUGCAGCGGUUGCGGCUGUUUCCUUUUUAUCGCGAACAUCAAAUGAAAUGAAUUAUUCAAAUCAAAAUUUAGAACAUUUAAAUGAUAUUUCAAUAAAGGAUUUAUCACAGUCAUCUAGGUCAAUAUCACCUAACAAUUCUUCAUGGACAUAUGAACUUAACAGAAAUUGUAUUCAUAAUAUUAGUGAUAGCAGUGACGAUUGUAAAACUGAAAGAAAUAAUCAUUAUAAUACAAAUGAGUUUGACUAUUCUACUUAUAUAAAGACCACAAUGGAUAAGAGAAGCGUUGUGAAGGAAUCUGCUGCGUUUCUGAAAAAUGUACAACCUUUCGUUAUCAAAGUUACAAAAAGCUCAAAAAGAGAAAAUAUGGUUGCUGGCAAUAUACAACGAAAAGAAUGUACAUCAUUCCCAUGUUCAUUUACUGGAUUGAUAACAUCUAGCUGGCGACCACUCAGUAUUUAUCGCGAGGACCGACCAAGAAGAAAGAAACGGAAACUUGUUGAAAUACUUUGUGCUGAGAAUUCGAUAAUGUACCAAUAAUAUAAUAUUGAAUAAAGCUAAUAAUAAUAAUAAUAUCGUGUUACAACAAUAAUGGCUAAGUAUAAUAAAUAUGCAUUUAUUCUCUGAGUUCUGUGGAUAGGUUAAAAAUGUUUCGUCAUCGAAAUAGCUAAGAGAUGCUGAAAAUUCAUCCACUCAAAUCAAUGAACAACAAGAUACCAGUGAUCGUAUUCAAUCUGAUAAAAAGAUUAAUGGCCAUAUCAAUGAUAAUAGUUAUUAUAAUCAUUUAUAUCAUCUCGGUGUUUGUGAAAAAUUGGAGAAAUAUGGAAAAAGUAACAAUAGUUUUAAUGACAGUAUCAAUGGUAGCAUUAGUAGUUGUAGUGAUGGCGUCAAUAACACGGAAGUAUUUGCUUGUGAUCAAUGUCGAAAAGUCUUUUCUAAACAUAGUUCACUAUCCAGGCACAAAUAUGAACAUACUGGUCUUCGGCCAUUUAUUUGUCGUAUAUGUUCCAAAGCUUUCAAGCAUAAACACCAUCUAGCAGAACAUAAACGUUUGCAUACUGGUGAAAAACCAUUUGAAUGUCAAAAAUGCGGUAAACGUUUUAGUCAUUCCGGAUCAUAUUCUCAACAUAUCAAUCAUCGCUAUAAAUAUUGUCAAUCAUAAAUCAUGUUCAACGUGCCAAUGGUUUUGAUCAAUAACCUGGUUAUUUUUUAACUUUUCUUUUUCUAUGACAAUCUAGAGAAUGUACAAGUUGUGAUUGAUUUAUUUGUCUUGGCUUCUUUAAUUUAAUACUUUGGUUUUAGUUUAACACUGAUCAUGUUGUUCAUUUCCCAAAUAUUUUUCAAAAAUUCUUAAAAUUUUAAAUUAAAAAAUUAACUACAUUUCACAACAUAGAACUUUUGUCCCAGUUACUGACUGAAUGGUGUAAUUUCAAGAGGUUUGACUUUAAAUGACAUGCGUUUGUGUUAUUCUUCCUUUCCAAGUAUUUAAAUAUUAAGUAUGAAGAGAUGAAAAAGAUUCCAUUCGUUCUUUAUUUCUCUUUCGAUUAUUACAUAUUUCGCAAACUUAUGAAAACCGUGGGCUGGAGAAUAGAAAAAAGACGUAUUCUUUAAUAUUUUCUGUAAUCUACUUCUUAUUCAGCUUAUCACUCCUCUAAUUCUUCCCCUCCAAAUUUAUGAUGUGUUUUGUCUUUUUUUUUCAGUAACCUUCAAUAUUGGAUAGAACAUUAGAACAGAACAAUACAGAUGUGAUAAUGCUCAAUUACAUAAAUAUUUUUUGUACAGUUAUUGCCUACUAACCUCACAUUCUUUAUAUUACGGUCUAAUCAAUGCAUUCAACUUUUUCCCCUUAGACUUCUACCACCAAAUACAUUAUCGACAAUUUGUACCGAGUUAAUAUCGGUUCCUAGUUAGAUGUAUUCAAAUAAAUGAGUGCAUUUUUUGUGACAAAAACUUACUAGAAACAGAACAGAAAUGGGCAAAGGAUAAAUGUCUGAAACAGAAUUAUUUCCGUACAUUUAUGUUUCUCUCAUUUCAAAAUGAACAAUGAAGAAAAAGAAUACAUGAUUAGUGUAUAGUUUUCGUUUAUUUUUUCCGAGUUUUGAAAAAAACAAACAACAACUGCGAAUCAAAUGAUUUUGUAUUCUUGAAUGUAAUUCAGACUUUUUUUCAAAAUUCUAAUAUAAACUACACUACUAGUAUGUGACUUU